CAGGCGUACCCCUCAAGUCAGUUUCGGCCAGCAGUUCUCGAUCUACGAGCCCAUCAGCGACAGUCCAUUCAUUUAUUCCCACCCCUCGGACUGCAGGGCGCAGCUCUCUAAACGAAAAACACCUGGUUACGAAUAGUGUUCGGAGCAGUACACCGUCUUCAAAUGGAAGUCGUUCGUCAUUGCGAACACCUUUGAGUAAUCAGAAUAGUCCAUAUUCUCCUGCGCCAACAGCUCAGCCACCCACAAACAAGAAUGCUAUGCUUGAUAAAUUAAAAAUAUUUAAUUCCAAAGAUAAAAUAGAUAGAGUAAAAGCAGGCAAUGCUAGUGUAUCCAAACGAACAUCUAGUUCUAGUGGCUUUAGCUCUGCUAGAUCGGAGCAGAGCGACUCCUCCACAAGCUUGUGUGGAGAUGCAAGUCCAAAAGUCUGUGCAAGUACUGGUAUUUCUGGUGACAGGGUCGUGUCUUCCAUUGCUGCUCCAGCAACGGGAGAUGGUUCAAGUCCAAAGAGUCUUGCUCGUGGAUUGAGAAACAAACUCGUGAAAGGAGCUAAUAUACCAAAAGAAGCAAAACAGAACUCUCCUAAAAGUAGUAGAAGAAGUGAACCUAAUAAACCGUCCCCCAAAUUAAUACAAAAAAGUGGCAGUGGUAAUGUAAGUGUUAGUAAUAUCAGUAAUAACAAGGAACAGAAAAUAGAGAGUGAAAAGUAUCAGAAUGGUGAUAAAGGAAGUCACGAAGAAUUUCAUUACCAGCCUGCGUUAGAAGUGGACAAUCCUAUUAAACAGUCCAAAAUUUCAAAUAUAAAUGUGAAAACUGAAUCCAAUAUGGCUGUGUCGAAGGCUAAAAGAAUAGGUGAGAAUGCUCCUGCUGUGCCGAUUCGAAGCACACCUGCACCGCCGGCAGGGAGUAGUAUUCCCAAGCCAAUGGCCGCAAUCAAAGGAACAAGUAAACCUUCUGUGAUUAAAGAAGAACGUCCAACUCCUCCAGAGCCCUCAACGCCCCUCAAAGACGAGAAACAGCUUGGGAGUCCUAUUAAACCUGCAUCCCUGCAGGGAAAAGGGUUCGGUAGCGGAGAGAAUAUUCUACCUCGGCAAAAACAUAUGGGAUGGGAGGACAUGAGUAGUAGUGGGUGUGUGAGUGUUGCUUUGGUUUCUCCGAUGCCCAGUGUUGCUAGUGACUGUGGUUCGAAAGCCUCUGAAUCAAGUAGCUCAACCUCAAACACUACAUCAACAUCAACUGGUCCUUCAAAUUCUUCGGACAGUAGUGUUAUAUAUCAGCCAAGUUCAGAAAGUGGUAGUGAAAUGAAAGAGAAGGCAUCAAAUAAAAAGGUAGAACAUCAGACUAACAUCAGUAUUAACAAACAUCCUGGGAAAAAACUUGAAACUACAUUUGAUAGGUUAGAUAAGGUUACAACGCAAGAGGCACCUAAAAUACAGCCCAAAGAAACAACAUUUGGAGAGGAGGAUGAUACUGUGAUGAAUGUAAAGCCUAUGCAGCCAUUGUUACGAGGCUAUACCGGUGGAUUAGUAAUGCAUGGUCGCAGUCUGGGACCUAGCAUUCAUCAUUCAUCUCGGUUGGGUUUUGAUAAUGGGUUGAAGUGUAUGAAUUAUUCCCAGGAACUUGGUUUGAAUCGAGGCAUGGACCUGAAGCGAGGAAUUGCUGAUGGUGAUUAUAGUGAUAUAGAUGUUGCUGCAGGGUACUUAUCUGAUAGCGACAUGGUGAGAAUGUCUAUGAUGUCUCGCCAGCUUCCAGAUUUGUGCGAUGGUUAUAUGUCUGAAGGUGGCACAUCUUUAUAUGCAAGAUCACAUCAAAUGCUGUAUCACGAUAGCAGGUUCCCCAACAGCAGCUCGGAGUCAUCAAGUCGUGAGCACCCCCCUCAACAGCCUGGGGCCAAACGCUUCGAUGACACAAGUUCAAUCUCAAGUGGGGUAUCAGAAUCAGCAGGAGAUUUCUUUCCUGAAGAUCUGCCUUCUAAUCCUAACAAGAGGCUGAUACAAAAUAAUAGGCCAGGACUAUGUGGGAAGUCACAAAAUACACAGAAGACUGCUAACUCUCCUUUCAAUUCCUCGGAGUGUCCUCAAGUGGUAUACAGAGUUGUUAGUUCAAGAUCUCAGGCUAGAAAAUCUGAUAGUGGCCAACAGACGGACUACAGUGCCUUGAGGCAAAUCACCGAUAACCAGUGGAAAAAAUAUGUGGAAAGUAGCCGUGCAGGCAAAGGGGAACUGGAAGCUGUGAAGGUACGAGAGAAGAGGCCGUUGGGCCCAAGCCCAUGCAUUACAGGCAGCAGUAGCAGUAGCAGUAUCAGCACGAGCCACAAUGGGCCCAGUCGAAAGCCUGAGAAGAAUCUGGAGAGACAUCGUAAAAUGGGUGUGAAGGACGAUGUGAACAGCAAGGAGAAGGAAUAUGUCAAUGGGGAGAGGCAGCCUAAAACGGAACGGACCACCCCACACCUUCCUGUGGGCAUGCGUGCUGGGGGAGAAGGCAAGAGCGGCAAAGUCCGCGGAGUUCCACAGAGUUUUGGGUAUGUGAAAAGACCCACAAAUGGCACUGGUGGAAGUAAAGGAGAGCCAAGAACUGCUCAGGUGUCAGCUGUUCCUCGAACAAAGAUCAAAGUAUCUGGAGGUACACAAACGUGUACAAGUGAUUUGUUGCAACUCCAGCAACAUCAACAGCACCAGCAGCAGUCACAACAGCAGCAGCAGCAUCAGCAGCAUCAACAGCAUCAACAUCAACAUCAGCAGCAUCAACAACAGCUCCAUCAACAGCAACAACAGCAACUUCAUCACCAGCAGUCUCAACAACACCAGCAUCAACAGCAACCCCAGCAUCAUUUCAAGUCAUUCUCUUUAACAGGGCCAGCUGCUAGCCAGCUGUCUCAGAGUGUUCGGGACAGGCUGUUACUUGGCUCACAGUCUUUGCCGAAGCCUGGCUCCAGCGAGUACGCUGCUCUCUUCCAUCAGCACCGUGUUGGUGGGCCACCUCGACCCCUUAAACCUACCGAUGGCUCUCUCUCAGAUACAACAUAUUCGAAUUAUUCAGAGCUUCAUGGUGGUGGAUAUUAUGGGGCUGGAAGUCCUUACAGUUCGUGGCUUCGGCACAGUUCCACUUACACAGCUUCUCUUCCUGCUCGGACAAGUGCUGCCGCUGGCCUUGUUGAAGCAGAUAGUGUGGAGUCUCUGUGCUCCCUGCCAGCCCAGCUGCAACACAGGGCCAGCCUGACACACGCUCGACUGUUGAUGCACCAGCGAGAGAGCAGUGCCUCCCCAGUGCCUAGACUUAACCGCAGCAACAGCAUCAGAUCCACUAAAUCUGAAAAGCUGUAUCCGUCCAUGCUGCAACGCUCUGAGGAACUGGAGCCAUAUUACUGUGUGCCGAUCGGAGCGUCGCCUUCCAGCCAGCACACGUCUCAGCCCACCAGCCCCACCCCCAGCCAAGUCUCACAGGGUGCUCCUACCAGGUUCAAUUAUCCUCUUUCACCAAUCACUUCAUCUGCCUCUAGCCACAUGCUUGGAAGAACAGGCAUGUCUCCGUACUCAGGUCCUCUUACAAAGACAAAUUCAAAGGAUGAUGAGAUUCAUGGUUCAUCAGUAAGCUUAGUCUCCACGGCAUCAUCUCUGUAUAGCACAGCAGAAGAAAAACAAGCCCAUGAAAUCCGGAAACUGAGGAAAGAGUUGCAAGAUGCUCAGGAGAAAGUUCUUACUUUAACCAGUCAACUAUCAACCAAUGCUCAUGUGGUGUCAGCUUUUGAACAAUCCUUGUCCAACAUGACCCAGAGGUUACAGCAUCUGACUUCUACAGCAGAAAGAAAGGAUUCUGAGCUACUUGAAUUGCGGCAAACAAUUGAGUUACUUCGCAAACAGAGUGUUGAGGCUGGGCUCACUUCAGCUCACCUGCAGAGUAUGUCACCUUCUUUGUCACGAAGGCAUACAAUUAAUGCAGGAGCAGCCCUUGCUGGAACCAAUAACAUUUCAAGACAGCUCUCUGCUGAUUCUGUAUCAAGUAUAAACUCUCUUUCUUCUGCAUGCAGCCUUUCUAGUUCUGCCCAUGCGCAUGAUGGUUCAUCUCAUAAGAAGAAAAAGAAAGGAUGGCUUAGAAGUUCCUUCAGUAAAGCCUUUUCGCGGUCCAAGAAAAACAAAAAUGGAUCUGUGUCAGAUGUGGAGGAUUCAAGAGGUCUACAUUCAGAUGUUUCAGCCCCAUCUUCACCCCUCUUGAAUGAACCUCAUCAAAUGAAUGGCAACAACGGCAUAAAGAGCAGUCAGUCAUCUUCUGCUAUCUGUGGAGCCAAAGAUCAAGAUUCUUCUGAUAAUGACGUGGUAGAAGAGUUAAAAAAGCAGUUGCGUGAGAAAGACCUUGUUCUUACGGACAUUAGAUUGGAAGCUCUUAGUUCUGCUCAUCAAUUAGAAUCAUUGAAAGAUACUGUCAUAAAGAUGAGAAAUGAAAUGUUAAAUCUCAAGCAAGAUAAUGAGAGGUUGCAAAGGAUUGUUACAAGUAAAUCUUUGACAUCAUCUCAGAGCUCUCUACCUGUCACAGAUAGCCUUGAAAGGAGGUUUAGUUUAACAGAGACUCACACCAUACCUCCACCAACAGAUCCAGAUGGAAAACGUGUGCCUGUAUCAGUAUUUUUGGGUUCUCAUGGUAGCUACCAUAAAUAUAUGGAAGAUGGAACUCCAGCUGAAUGUAUUGUUUCUGCUGUAUCAAUUAGCAGUAAAACAAAGUGGGACAUGUUGGAUUGUAUGGUUCGCCGAGUAUUCAAGGAAUAUGUGCUGCGAGUAGAUCCUGUUUCCAAUCUUGGUCUGAGUGCAGAUUCGCUGUGGAGCUAUCACAUUGGUGAAGUUGUGCGGUACAAGGACAGCGAAGUACCUGAAUUGUUACCAUAUGGAUACCUUGUGGGCAACACAAAGUGCAUCCAUGUGUGCCUUAAGGGUGCAUUACACAGCGGUAGUGUGGAUGCUUUGGCGUUUGAAACGCUGAUUCCAAAGUCAAUAGUACAAAGGUAUGUUUCUCUCCUAACGGAGCAUAGAAGAAUCAUACUCUGUGGGCCCAGUGGAACUGGAAAAUCGUACCUUGCCAAUAAAUUAGCAGAAUUCCUUGUUCUUCGGGAAGGAAAGGAGUCGACAGCUGAAGCCAUUGCUACUUUCAAGAACUGUGAAAGUGUGGACCACAAGAGCAGCAAAGAGCUGAGGCAGUAUUUGGCAAACGUGGCAGAACAGUGUGAAAGCAAUGCUUCUGACUUGCCUUCUGUCAUUAUCCUUGACAAUCUUCACCAUGCAGCCUCACUUGGAGAAGUAUUUAAUGGUUUUCUAAAUGCCAAGUAUGCCAAGUGCCCUUACAUUAUUGGAACUAUGAAUCAAGCAACUUGUUCUACAACCAACCUUCAACUUCACCAUAACUUUAGGUGGAUUCUUUGUGCUAAUCAUAUGGAACCUGUGAAAGGAUUCCUGGGUCGUUAUUUACGAAGGCGACUAAUUGAGACUGAAGUACAAGAGGGAAUACGCAACAAUGACUUAAUUAGAAUUUUUGAUUGGAUACCAAAAGUGUGGCAACACUUAAAUAAAUUUUUAGAAACUCACAGCUCCUCAGAUGUCACCAUUGGAACUGUGAAAGGCCCUCGUUUGUUCCUGUCUUGUCCCAGUGAUCCUGCAGGGUCGCAGGUUUGGUUUACAGACCUGUGGAAUUACUCAGUUGUUCCUUAUCUCAUGGAAGCUGUGCGUGAAGGGCUGCAGCUUUAUGGGCGACGAGCUCCGUGGGAAGACCCAUGUGCUUUUAUCUCUCAGACCUACCCAUGGACAGGGGACAUUGUCCAGGGUGGCCCUGAAGCUUUGCUUAGACUACGCCCAGAAGAUGUGGGAUAUGAUAUUCAGCAAACUAGUGGAAUAGGAGGAAGUAGCAUAAAGUCCAUGAGUUCUGCUCAGAGUGACUCAGAGGGAGAUCCUUUGUUGAAUAUGUUAAUGCGUUUGCAAGAGGCAGCUAGUUACUCAAGUCCACACAGCAAUGAUUCUGAUUCAAUUAGUUUGGACUCUCAUGCAAGCAGCAUUCACACUGACGAUAAAGGAAAUACAAGAGUUGAGUCAACUCUCUAGGUAACCAAAACUAGUCAUAGAUGUAGGUUACAUAUAAGUAGAGUAAUGUUUUAUAUAAGGAGGGCAACUUUGGAAGAACACACAAUUCAUUCUGCUAUGUUUGAUUUUCUUAUAUGAUUUUCUGUAAAUUAGUUUUUUUCUCUUGCCAGUAGCCAUUCAUUUAUGAAGCUAAAUGUUAAAGUACUUAAUGCAUAACUAACCCAGCGGUAAAUUCAAAAUUCUUUUUUUAUAUUACCUUCUUGAGUCUUGAAUGUUAAUCAACCAGUAUCGUGCAUUUCUGAAUUAAUUAUAUUUUAAAUUUUGUCCUGUCUGAAACAUUGGAAUUCAUUUGCGCAAAGAAAUCAGAGUUCUGUGGUCUUCCAAUUAUACAUUUAACAAAUAAAGUAUUAAUCUCAUAAUCAUUUGACAAUACUUCUAUUAGAGUGUGCAUUGCAGAUCAAUGUAUUUCAAGUCACUGCACAAGCUUCAAGUAUGAUUGGCUGUGUGUGAUUCAGGUUUGAAUAUUUCUGCAUAUUGAUAUGUGCAAUGGUACUCUAAACCAAAUACUAUUCUUGAUUACUAAUACCUUAAAAUGAAUGAGUAAAAAUGUUAUAAAAUCAAAAGGUAAUAUAAUAACAUUUAUUUCCAUGACACAAAUUAGCAUGGAAACAAUAUGCUCAAUACAUUUAAAUGGUAAAACUGUUUACUAGAUAAUCCCUGUGCAAUUGAAGUGCUUAUGGUUUUCACACUUCCUUUAUGGUGAGGAUGAGAAGACUGAUUGAAAAGGGUAGUCAUGGUGUACAAAAUGAAAAUCCUUGAAAAUAAGUGGGUAUUUGACAUUUGUCAAAGUUGCGGAGAGACUUUUAAGUGUGCCUAGUUGUGACGACUGCAGAGAGUGUGAGUUAUUUUAUAUAUUGUAUAGAGUGUUGAUGCAUACAUAUGAAGUCCUUCUUGCUAUGAUUUUCCAACUGCAUUUUAGGUGCAGUGUGGAUAAAUUUUUAUCUGUCAUGUAAUUUUGUAGUCUUAUUGCUUUUGUUUAAUUUAAAGCAGCGUGGCCUUGAAAUAAGACUAUGAUCUUGUUUUAAAAACUGUUGCAGGACUUGACAAAUCGAAAAUUUUAUGACAAGCCCUGAUAACAGAAAAUGUGAAUAACAUAUUAACUCAAAGUUUUGGUGAUUAUAUAUUUAAGAAUCUUAAAAUUUAAAUAAAAACGUGUACAGCAUGAAUGGCACAUUGUAUAUAUGCAUCACCAUUAAAUUGUAGACAUUUAAAUUUGAAACACAAUGAGGCUCUUUCUCCUGACCAUUAAAAUAAACAUAAUAUUCUUAUGUCAUAUGUCUUCCUAUUUUAAAUAUAAAUACCUUAAAGAACCAGCAAUUAUAUGUAUGUACUUUUUUUCUGUAUAGUGCAUUUUAAGAUCAAUGAGGCUUGCAGUGGCUGAAUGUGACUCAUUCAUUUGUACAUAUGUAUUUUUUCAUGCUCUGUUAUGGAGUACUUAAUGUAACUUAUGUUCUUGUUUUAUAGUUUUAUACUUUAUUAUUGGCACUUAUGUGCAUCUGGUCAUACCUUUUAAUACUCUUGUAAAUACCAUCAUUUGAUAAAUGUUGCAUGUUGCAUUAGCAUAGAUAAGAAAUUUUCAUGUUGUCUGUAUCAACACUUAUGAAUCAUCAUAAAAGAAUCUUUGAUACCAUGUAACAUACAGUUAGCUUCAAGAUUUUUAAAAAUGUUUAUAUAUUUGUAAAGUUGGCCUUCUAUCAGUUAUUUGAUAAUGCAUACAUGUUGUAUUAAUUAAGACUCUAUACACAAAUACAGCGAUAUGAACAGAUUA